CAAAUCGGCGUAAGCGUCAAACGAUAGAAGAGUGUUGACACAGUCGCUAGGUGUGGAAAGUUGUUUUUUUAAUGGUUUUAAUGUAGAGUUAAGAUUAAGGAUUAAUGUUUUUAGUAUCGAUAUUUCAAUAUAGAUGAUAUCGUGAUAUUAAUAAUUGUUGCGCAAAGUUCAGAACUUAAUAUAAAUGGACGUUACCUUUUAUGGAAGCUAAAACAAAGAUCGAAAUAUAUCCUGAUGUGUAUGACUAAUUUAUCUCACUGAUACUAAACAAAACUGCGUUUAUUCUGGAGAUGGAAAGAAAUAGCAAAGAAAGUAACCAGUCACUGCUAGGUAUGACAUUAAACAACCUCCUUAAGGUUUGUCUCUGGGUGUAUGGUAUAGCAGCAUGGAUGUACAACGAGAUGAUGCAACAUAACGUUCACAAUGUGCACACAGAGGAUGACGCGGACCACCAAGAAGAGACAAGUUCUGACAUCAUACAAAGUGACGGGACUCAUGCAAGAAACAGGACGAAUAGAGGAGGUUUUCAAAGCAGUGGGGGUGGGUCAAGUGUAACUGACGACAGGUUUAACAGUGGGGUCAGUGUGCCAGGUGUGAGUCUAAAUGUGGUUGGAGGCCGAGGAACGGGUCCUACGAAGGGGACCGCAAGCGGCUACUAUGCUCAAGGCGUGAAUGGUAGCCAAACGGAAAAUUCUACAGAACAGGGAGAUAACACAUACGGACAAUCUGGACAUUGUGUAAAUCAAACAGGAAAUACUUCAAAUAAGAUUGACUUGGGGAAUGGAAUGUCGGGUGUUGCAGUCAGUCAAGAAGGGAACAUUGUAAAUCAAAAAGGAGACACAAUCACUACAGAAGGAAAUACAGUAGAACAGGAAGACAAUGAUGUGGAAAUGUCGGGAAAUUCUAUCUCUCAGUCAGGGCAUACGAUAAACCAAAUAGGAGAUACUGUCAAUAAGGUAGAAGGCGGGGAGGGUAUGUCUGGGGCUACUGUAAAUCAGAAAGGCAACACUGUAAAUCAGACAGGAGAUACGGUACAUCAGAGAGAUAAUACUGUAAAGCAGAGAGGCAACAAAGUAAAGAUGAAGGAUAAUAAGAUAACUAAAACUGGACACACAAUCAAUCAAAUUGGGGAUACAACAAAUGAGAUUGGGGGCAGUUCGAAACAAUCUGGACUGACAGUAAAUCAAUCAGGUGAUACAAUCAACCAGACAGGUAACACUGUAAAACAAUCGGAAAACAAUAUAAAUCUAACCGGAAAUACGAUUAUUGAAUCCGGAGACACACUGAAUCAGACCGGAAACGAUGCUAGUAAGACCGGAAGCGAAAUCAACCAGACAGGGGACACGAUAACACAAACGGACAACACUUUAAAUCAGGCAGGUAACGAGAUAAAUUUAACCGGAAACACAAUACACCUGUCCGGAAAAUCUUCAGAUCAAACCGGAACAGAGCUAAAAGUAUCGGAUCAAACAGUAAAUCAGGUCGAUAACACCGUAAAUGUAACUGGACAGAAAAUAAACGACUCCGGAAAUGAAAACAAUGUAAAAGAAAAUAAACAAAAAAGUACAGAGGAUAGUGUUGAUAUGAGCGGAGUUGGGGCUUUUUCAAUUCCGGACAUACCACUAGGCGCGUUCACGGCACCGACUACAGGGUACAGAAUGAAGAGUUUCUUUCCUGAAUCUACCCGCUGGAGACCAUUUAUAUUUAAUGACAGUGAUGUCCAACCAGCGUCUGAAGGACAACUCCAUUACGUUGAUGUCGGUAAAGUGGCAGUUGAUGGUGGAAAACAUCAUUACGCUGAUGUCGGUAAAGUGGCAGUUGAUGGUGGAAAAUAUCAUUACGCUGAUGUCAGUAAAGUAGCAGUUUAUGGUGGAAAUCAUCAUCACGCUGAUGUCAGUAAAGUGGCAGUUGAUGGUGGAGAACAUCAUUACGCUGAUGUCGGUAAAGUGGCAGUCGAUGGUGGAAAACAUCAUUACGCUGAUGUCAGUAAAGUGGAGGUUGAUGGUGGAAAUCAUCAUCACGCUGAUGUCAGUAAAGUGGCUGUUGAUGGUGGAAAUCAUCAUCACGCUGAUGUCAGUAAAGUGGCAGUUGAUGGUGGAAAUCAUCAUCACGCUGAUGUCGGUAAAGUGGAGGUUGAUGGUGGAAAACAUCAUUACGCUGAUGUCAGUAAAGUGGCAGUUGAUGGUGGAAAAUAUCAUUACGCUGAUGUCGGCAAAAAAAUUAAAGAAACCGUUGAUGGACAGUAUGUAUUUUUUGUUAUCAAUAAUGAAACGAAAUCAGCCAUCGACAAUUUAGAGCAUCAGUAUGUUGAAGUCGAUUCUAAAACUAAAUCAUCAGUGGAGAAUUUAUUAGUUAAAACAUGGACGUUGGGAAAUAUGCGUCCAGUGGUUGUAAAAGUUCUGAAAAUCAACAAUGAAAAAAUUAAACUGAUGUACCAAACAAAGAGAGCAGAAAUACACCAACGGCUGAGUACGUUACCACUUCACCAGCGUGUAAAACUUGGUGAUGUCAUGACCAGUAGACACCUUGAGACAUCCAUGAGAGCCCAGCUGGAUGACGUCAUCAACGAACAUUACCUGUUCCAUGGCGUCAGUUCCUGCCUGGUCGAUGCCAUGUCAACUAAAGGACUGGACCCAGCAAUUAACACCAGCGCUAAAGACGAGUACGGUAACGCUGUGAUCUGUACGGAAUCUUCAACAACAUCGGACAAAUACACGGAUUUUGGCGAUGAGAUCCGCACGAUGUUUCUUGUCAGGGCUAUACUUGGGGAAGCUUGUGAGAAAGAUGGAACAAUAACUUCAAGUAAAGGGCCUGCAGAUGUGCCGAGUGCGCCCCAAGGCUCCGUAUUGUCAGACGGAAAUGGAAUUUUCCGUAAAUUCGCCAUCUAUGAUAAAAGACUGUGCUUGCCUGAGUACAUCAUUGCGUACAAAAGACUUUAAAUGCUGAUUCAAAUCAUUUAUAAGUCUGUUGUUUUUAUUUCUUCAGAUAUGUGUGGUAUUUUUUAAAUGAAAUGUAUCGUAUUGGUAUGAGUUUUAUGUGAAGUAUUGUUUCUAGCUUUUAUACGAUAAUCAACUGAAAACCAACAUUUAAUAAUUAAAAACUAAAAUAAAAUAAAAAUUCGCUAUCAUUAUGACUUUAUUUAAUGAGUUAGUCAUUGUAAUUAUUAUUAUGAAUUAGACUAUAUUUCAUUCGUAUGUUUUACAACAAUACUUUGGUAUCAAGGAAUAUUUAAAAUUUAGCUUGACCUAUUGAAUUUAUAACUUGUUUAUACUUAGUAAACAGCCUCUGUACUUGUCAUAUAAUCUUAUCACGGUCUCCUUUUUGUGCCGCAAAAAGCUCUCACCAUUUAUGUUGUUUAAUUUAAAAUAAAAUCAUACUGGUUUUUAAUUUGCAUGGUGCAUAAAAGCAAGUUACUUGCUAUUUAUAACAUGCUAUAUUGUAAAGUUAAGUUAAAUAAUAAUGCAUUUUUAUACAUUUUCUGUAGAUUAGACAUUUUAAAUUGAAAUAAUUAUUAAAUUAACCAACAAUUACUUUGGACUAGUAUUUUGUUUUGCGUUGAUGACUGUAUUAAAACUGAGUUCCCAUUUUUUUUCUCUUCUACUGUUUCAUUCACAUUUAAUUUCUUUUAAUGUAAAAAUUAAAAUGGGUUAAGGUUUACAUUUUCAAGACAAUAAUCAUUCAAUCAUUAGCAGACUAAGUAAAGCACAUAUGGCUAUGCAUUGCUUAUUAAAUUCUGCUGAUGUUAAUGUCCAGUUAAACAUACUUUGUUAUGAAUAAACAUGAAUGGGCAAACUAUGAUUGAAAUGAUCGCA